UCGAUUGCAUGAAAAGCAUUCCACGGAUUUCCGCACAAUUCCAGAUCAUCAGCACACGUUAAAACAUUUCAGCUGUGUAUUUCGCGCAAGAAACAGCACCACGCUACAACUAUGGUCAACUUGGGAGACGUAUUUCCUGAUUUUGAAGCCCAAACUAAUCAAGGACCAAUAAAAUUUCAUGAAUUCUUGGGCAGCAGGUUUGUAACAGUUAGUUCGGAGAUAAGAACGGUAUUGCACUUGUACCUUAGGUAAAAGUAGCGAUCUUAUCACGUAAUGUCAUUUACAGUUGUGUACCUUUCACCACUUUAAGUGAUGUACUCUGUGCUUAUAUGAUACGCAAAAUAUCCAGUUUAUAGCAUUUAUAGUUUGAAACCUGUGUGUGCAUAACUUGAGAUCGGCUUACGUGUCAAUAGUUUCAAUUUAAACCAAUUAUCUGACUUUUUAAUAAACAUAUUUGUCCAAUAUUGCAUUUAUAAGGGAUCACAGUUUAUAUAAUUUCCUUGUAGAAAUAGGCUGAGGCUUUCUGGGGGAGGGGAGCAGUUGUAAGUUUUGCCCAAAUUUUUAUGGAGGAUUGUAAUGAAAUUUAACAUAUUUCCUGAUAAAUCCAGUGUUGUAGCAAGCUCGAUAAUUGGGGGAGGGGGUGCAGAUAUUCAAAUAUUCGUGUUCACAGACCAUUAAAAACAAUCGAUUUCUAAAGAAAUUAAUAACGCAGAACAUGAAUAUCUGCCCCCCCAAUUAUCGAGCUUGCUAUGGCACUGAAUAAAUCUGCCUGAAUUUUCUUGAUUUUUCCCAGAAUUUGUUCGAACUUCCAAGGCUUUCUAAAGUUUUUUUGGGCAGUUGCCCCCCCUAAAGUUUUUUGGGGGCAGUUGCCCCCCCCUGCCUCUAUCUUAUAUGCCAAUUCUGGUAGGAGGGAGGGGAUAUAGUGAUAGCUGCACAUGCUCCCACCCUUUUGUAUGAAUGGCCCGAUGUUAUGCAGUUGUUGGUAUUAAUCUCAUUAGCCAAUGAAGACUGAUUUACAUACAGUACACAUAAAAUUUUAUAUCCUUGCCUUUUUAGCUGGGGAAUUCUAUUCUCGCAUCCUGCAGACUAUACACCAGUGUGCACCACUGAGCUCGGCCGUGUGGCCCAGCUUGCACCAGAGUUUGAAAAACGAGGCGUCAAAAUGAUUGCUUUGUCCAUCGAUUCUCCCGAGUCUCACAAUGGCUGGAUCAAAGAUAUCCAAAGUUACUGCACACUCGAAGGAAAAUUCCCCUUCCCAAUUAUUGCUGACAAUAAACGUGAACUUGCCGUCAAACUUGGCAUGCUGGAUCCUGACGAAGUCAAUGCACAAGGAAUUGUUUUGACCUGCAGAGCUGUAAGUAAAUUUAUGAUUGUAAAAAUGGCAGGAUGCAAUCUUCCAUCUUUCAACAACCAAUAAUUAAAAAAUAUCAUUUUAUGAAGGUAUUCAUUAUUGGACCGGACAAGAAGCUCAAGUUGUCUCUCCUUUACCCGGCUACAACUGGACGAAACUUUGAGUGAGUUUAACAUAUUUUUCAUAUCACUAGACUGCUUUUGCUAGAGGUCCAGUAAGAGUGGUCCCUUAUUGGCCCAUGUAGUGUUACUAUGACUGGUGUUUGUUAGAGUAUUGCUAGAAGCAAAAUAUUUAAAACUAUUUUAGUGAGAUCCUACGUGUUCUUGACUCAGUCCAAUUGACAGCAAAGCAUAAGGCAGUUGCAACACCAGUAGACUGGAAGGUUAGUAAACAAAACAAGUUCUUCAUUUUGACAUUUUGUUAAUGUUACUUGUUCCAAGUCUAUUGAAAGGAUUAUUAUUGAUGGUUAUUAUUGAUGGUCUUAUCUUCACAGAAAGCAGGCCUGGAACACCUGGGGGAGGGGGGUGUCCGGGUGUAACACUCCCCCCUCUAAAGAAAAGUAAAAAAGGGGGCCCAACUUGUGAGAAGGGGGCCCUGGCAUGCUGGAAUUUGCUAAAUUUGUGAAAUUAAGGAUUUGUUUUGUUUGAAAAUUUAGGUCGAAAACUACUAGUGCGAAAAAUUUUUGGGAACUUUUGUUUUCGUAAACAUUGUGUUGACUCACCCCCCCCCCUGGAAUGGACCCAAAUUUUUUAAUACACCCCCCCCCCUCCAAUCAGAUACUGGUUGUCACGGCCCUGACAGAAAGCCAUCAAUAAAGCACAAGUCUUGAAAGCCUCAGUUGAAUGUUUUUACUUUUAUUUACAGCAAGGUGAAAAAGUUAUGGUCGCCCCUUGGGUCAAGCCUGAAGAUUUUGGGAAACUGUUCCCUACGGGUGUGGACGUUGCCCAGGUGCCUUCUGGUAAGGCUUACAUCAGACUCACUGACCAACCAAAGUAAACUGGAGUAACAAUGAACAGUUAAUCAUUAAGUUGUGUGAAAUCUGAAAUUUAUAUGCUAACAUAUGCAUAAUUUUUCAUUGCACGAGUAGAAACAAUUAGUCUAGCAUAUCUUUUUUAUAGUCUGUUGCUUCCUGUAUUACAAGGUAUUUCUAAUAAAUGCUAAAAAUAUAGAAUUCUUGAAAUUUCUGUCUAUCAGUCCAUGUAGUUAUUUAUCUCUUAAUUCCAUUGCAUGUUCUAAAUUCCAGGUUUUCAUCUGCUGCUUUGCACUGGGCAAAAUAAAAAUCUCAUUUCGUCACAAAGCAAUGGUUAAAUUAAUGUACACGCUGAGUAAAAUUAUUAGGCCUUUUACACUUGCAAUUUUUGCUGCGAUUUCUAGGGUGAUUUUCUCCUUCUGAUGCAUGGGAACGAGUACAUGAGUUACGAAUGUUUGGAGUACAUGUACUCUCCAUAGAUAUCUUAUGGUACUCUCAUCUGAACAUUCAGAACUCAUUCACUCGUUCACAUGCAUCAGAAGAAAGUCGCACCUAAAGUGUAAACAAGCCUUUAAAGUACAAGACUCUCCCCUUGACAAGUAAAAUGUGGCAUUAGACGCGUAAAAUAAAGAAAGUAGGGCACAUUGCACCAUACUGGGUUAGCAAGCCAUGUGGGAAAAUUAUCUGGUUAACCUAUUCACACCCAACAUUUUUCUUAACAAUUUAAAUCCUGUUGUAUAUCGAGUAAAUAACAAAAUAAUGCACAUUAAAUUUUCUGUACCUUUUUAAAAAAGAUGUCAAUAAAUUAAACAGUCAAACAAUUAGAAAAUUCUUUUGUUUUUAAUCAACCCAAGAUAAAUAAGAUCAAAAAUCACAUUUUGUCACAAAGCACAGGUUAAAUUUAAUGUACAUGGUACAGUGUUGAAUUGUUCACCCAAUAUACAUUGUGCCUACCACUAACUUUUCAAAUAAGUCCACCACGUUAAGUCAGGAUUUUGUUCACUCAAUCUUGUUGCAUAGAUCAAGUUAAUAUACAUACACAUUUGUAAUCAUUGAUUAAUUUAAAAUUAAGUAAUUAACCCCAUAUUUAUAUCAUCUGUACAUGCAGUAUAUACAUAGAAUACAAUUUGAAUAAAAUAUGAGCAUAUCAAUGCGUUGUCGUUCAAUCUAUUUACAAUAAUUUACUGUGAGAUUUAGAUCAAAUCAAAUGGUUUAUAAAAAUAAAGGCAUUAUGAUUUAGCUAUUUUAGGGAAAUGUUGUCUGCAGGAUAUGCAUGUAUAUACCAUCGAAAGCAGCUCCAGAAUUUGCUACAAAUUCAGCUGGUCCUUGUGUGGUGAAGCAGCAGUUUAUAGGAAGCAGGAUGGUAUCGUCUGUUCGCAGUUAUUUUGGUGGACUGUUUUUACCUAUCUAAGAAUGUUUAUGUUGGAUCUUUUCGUAAAACGAAAUACAGUGCUUCACCUUUGCUGCUUGUAGCCAUAGCAUAAUAGACAUUCGCAUUCCUGGGAAUGAUUACUUCAUCUGAAAAUAAGAUUUUGAGAAGUAAG